CCUGUCAUGUGAUAUUUUUCUCACUCGAGUCAAUCGAUUUUGUAAGUCGCCAGCAACCAUGGGGGCGUCCGCACUACCGAUCAUUAUUUUCUCGGCCAUUUUCGGCGUGAUUGGCAUCGCUUUGCCGAUCAUUGCCCCGAAGGGACCCAACAGAGGGAUCGUCCAGUGCGUGCUGAUACUGACCGCGGUCACCUGUUGGCUUUUCUGGCUGUGCUGUUACAUGGCCCAGAUGAACCCGCUGAUCGGACCCAAACUGCACCAGAACACCAUCCUGAUCAUGGCCCGCGAAUGGGGAAACCCGCUGCCCGAUAUGGACUCCUGGACACCCCCGGCGGAACACACGGACCAUUAAGUUGGGCCCGGUGCGGUUCGUGGAGGGAGGUAACACAACGGAACAGAACAUUCUCCCGCAGUAAACUAAAAUUGCGUUAAUUGAUCAUAGAACAAAAAAUCCGACGCCGCCGCCGGGGAAACCUGGAACAACCCCCGUGCGUGCGUGACAUCAAAAUUAAGUAAGCAAGCAUGCAAAAAAGAUUCAUCAAAAAAACCUUCAGUGACGCACCGGCAUAGCGUGGCACCGUGAUCUGGCCGCGCGGUUCGAUGAAUUGUUCUCAUCGGACCUCCCUAUGCUGGUGUUUUAUUAUGUACUCCUAGCGUUUAAGAAUAUUUCCUGUCAAGAUAAUCGAAAAAAAAAAAAAAUUGUAUUCCGAUAAUUAAAGGAGUAUACAUGAUGCAUAUUUUAUAACGGAAGCAAAAACUAUUUGCGCAGUAUUUGGGGAGUGGUAAAGGUCCCGCAUUAAAAAUUUAUGCUACACACACAAAGACACACAAAAGCGUACACGAGAAAGAUAUGAUACUUAUUCCAUAUAUACGUUAAUACAAGAAACACACAGAGAAGACACACAAAAUUAAUGGAAUUUUUCUUAUUACACCGUUAAAAGCAAAAGUAAAAAAAAAAACAAACAAUCUAUCUAAGGGAUGAAGAAAAGAAAGUAAAAAUAGCCAUCUCACAUGAUGUACUAUGUACCAGCCAAACAUUCAAUAUUUAUAAUUGAUGAUAUUGGAUCACACCACACAAGAAAAAUAUGGUAAAAAAUUGAAUAUAUUAAUCACGAGUACAUGUAUGUUACAUACCAUGCAGUAGAGUCAAUAAAAAUAUAUGCGGUAGAAAAUCAUAUUUUACGAGCA